AGUAGUAUAUUUGGUUUGGUGAGCAUCGCACGCGUCCUCUUCUCUCGUCCCGGUCGGUCGUCUCCCCCCCUAUCCGCCUCCCCAACGACCAGAGAGAGAGAGAGAGAGAGAGAUCUGCCUCCAUCCCGAGCGCGACAGCUAGGGUUCCUCGCCGCCGCCGGCCCGCCGCCCCUCCCUCCCAGCCGGCCGAGGCCCCCGUCUCCACCCGGCAGCAGCGCCUCCCUCCCUCCCGCCCCGGCGCGGCCGGUCCCGCCGCCCGCAGCCACGCCGGGGACCGGUCCAUAGGCAGCUGGUCGCGCCUUCUGGUGGAGGGUCUCAGGCCAACAAUUCUGGAUGCAUCUAUGACAUGGUGGACAGGGCAGCAGAAGCGAGUCAGUGUGAGCUGGCAGCCGACGGAGUUGUUUUCUGGGAUGAAGCGUUGGUAAAGACAGCAAGCCCACAAGGUCCGCAGAUGCGUUGCAAGGAGUUGCGCUGUUAUAAUGACAGCCCUGUCAUGUGCUUGAAAAAAGAUGUUAACUGUGAGCUGGAAAAGGUCGCCUUGUUGCCAAAACUUGACGCUGAGGUCUCUAGUCGUGCCCACCAAGAUUCAGUUCCUUCAUCGUCUGGGUUUGACCUUGCUGUUUCUUUGGAUUGCAAGGCUGGUAGUGAGAUUGGUCAAAUAUCUCAACACGAAACUGGCAUGGAGAGAGUGCCUUGUGGCUCACAGGGAGGAGCAAUGCUGUCACGUGAGCGUGGAUUUUGGAAGCAGGCUAUUGGGGACGAGAAUCAGUUUUCCAGUAUGGAAGGAUGUAGUGAAAAUGGGGGCUUGCCAGAUUUGGGGAAGCUUGACACUGAGAAAUUUCCACAAGAUGCUGAUGGCCUGAGUUCGAUCAAUGCUAAUCAUGAGCUGGGAAGGGAUUGUUUUUUGCCAAAUAUUGAUGAAAAGGUGUCCUUCCCCGUUGAUGAAGCUUUGGCCCCUUCCUUCUACCAGAGCCCUAUGGAUGUUAUUGUAGAAGAUAGCAAGUCAUGCAUACAGAAAUUAACUCAAGAUUCACUGGAAGGAGAUAUGCUUUCAUGUGAGCGCGAGGCCAGUUUUCCUACCGAGGCUUCUGGAAACGAGAAUCAACAUCAUAGGAUGGCGGUGUCAAAGGGUCAGAUUCCAUCUAUUUGUAAAGAUGCAAAUAGUGCGAGUCUAAAUGCUUGUGGUCUUUUCCCUGAAAUAGAAGUUCUACGCCAACAGGCUGACAAAGAAUACAAGGUCUUUGAACUACCCCCAGAGAUAUACCUGGCUGGAUCUUCCUAUAACCCACCUUUCCUAGAUGGACUUUGUCGUAGUGGCAAGGAAUCAUCUGCUGUGUGCCUGGGUCAUCAAGAUUCUUCUGGUGUCAAAUCGCGUUGUCAAGAUCAUUUGGUACAAGAGCUCAAUGCAUAUAACUCUUUCGUUGACAAACCUCGCUCUGCUGAUUUUGUUGAAAAUGGCAACUAUGAAGAAUCACAAAAUCAAAUUUCAGAGUCAUUAAAUGCCUCCAAGCGUAGGAAUCCAAGAAGGGCCGCCUCAUCAAGAAAUUACUCUCUUGUGGAACAUGAUCAAAUAAACCAAGGAAGCAGUAGCACAUGCAAAUCUAAGAAGGUCGAGAGUUCAUGCUCAUUAGUUGAAAGCACCUUGAUUAAGUUCCCAAACAAAACUACCAAGGUAAGAAGUGGCAUCAACAGACCACAGAAAUUGACUGCCUGGGGCAGUCUAGAAAAGCUAACAGAUGGUUUUGGUCAGAACUGUGAACCUUCUACCUCCAAUUCUCAUCUGAUUUGCCUUGAAAACUGUGGGAGAUCAAACAAAAGAUCUGGGAAGAAAGAACAGCCAAUUGUUCGAAAGGCUCGAAGUUCAAGAUGUUCAAAAUAUAAGUUCCCUGCCUUUUCUGUUACCAGAUAUGCACCAGAUGAAUUGAAUGGCGAACCUACCUUUUCAGUCAUGGAUGGUACUUAUGGCUCCUCAGAAGGUUACGUAGGAAACUUUCCUAGAUUGGCUCCUCAUGCAUUGCUGAAUGUUUCUGAUGAUCCUCACAAAACUGCGCAACAUAUGUCUAUCCAGACUGACAUGCAUCAGUUAGACAGGUGCUUGGAGAGUGUUACUCAAGAAACAUGCCCUGCGUACAUCCGUGGGGAAUUCGCUAAAUCAAUUGCUCAACCUUCUCUCAAUAAUGCUGGUGUUGGAUUUUCGCCCGACUCUGUUUUGGAGGUAGCCUCUGUUACAUGUGAAAACAACACUUCUGCAAGCCAUGAUGUUAAACUGCGUGGAAACCCAUCUUAUGCUGCUGCAUUGACCGAAAGUGAUCUUCAUGCAUCUGAUUUAUCUACUUCCUACUCUGGAAAAAAUCAUGCUUCAUCAUCAACAGAUUUUGAGCAGCAGCCCAAAACUGUGAGGGGUGAUGAGAACACAAGAAGUGAAGAGAUUAAUCAGUCCCACGCCAUAAUUGGUUAUGUUGGUGAGGGAAAAUUGCAAGGCUUAAAGAGGUCCAAUGAAGCGAGGAAAACUAAAAUGUUGGAGAAGCAGAAAGGGCGAAAGAAAGAUGGAAUAAAGGGAAAUAACAUAAGAGAUGGAAGUUCCACCAAAAUUUCAUCAAGGGAAGCUUCAAAAUACAGGGCCUUCUCUGAUGAUCCAUCUUCACUUGUUUCAUCGGGACCUUUAAAGUUCAGUUCUUGUUUUGAGGUCGUAACUUCUGCCACACAGGGUAUCAGUAUGCAUGAACAUGGCUGGGUGCAGGGUCCGUCUGUAACUGGCAAGGAGAAAACGAGUUCACUUAACAAUGUGAAAUCACCGAGGUGCAAGAAAAGUGGUGGUCUUAGAGGGAAGAAGGAUAUGGUGCAGGAUCCACAUAUGAAGCAAAAAACCAAGAAUAAAAAUAUAGCAGAUGACAUUCUCAUUGAUUCUGGAUCAUCCAUUUUACCUUAUCAGCUCGCUACUGAUCUGGCAGCAUCUCAUACGAAUGAACAGAGUUAUUAUCGUAGUCCAGCUAUUGAAUUUACAUUCCAGAAUCCCGCUGCUAUAUCUACCGAAUUACCUGGAAAUGCUGCUUGCUCAACAGGUGGGGCAUCUGUACCACAGCCGAAACGUGCUGCAUGGGCAUGUUGUGAUGAUUGCCAAAAGUGGCGCUGCAUACCAUCUGAAUUGGCAGAUGUCAUUGGAGAAAACAGAUGGACUUGCAAGGACAAUGAUGACAAGGCGUUUGCUGAUUGUUCUAUACCACAAGCGAAGACAAACGCUGAGAUCAAUGCUGAGCUUGAACUUUCAGAUGCUUCUGCUGAUGAAGCUGACAAGGAUGGAUCAAACUCAAAAGCUUCUAGGGCACCGUCCUGGACAAAUCUUAGAUCGAACGCAUAUCUACAUCGUAACCGAAGGAAUCAAUCCAUUGAUGAGAGCAUGGUUUGCAACUGCAAGCCUCCUCAAGAUGGCCGAAUGGGUUGUAGAGAUGGCUGUUUGAACAGAAUGCUCAACAUUGAAUGCGCAAAACGUACAUGUCCAUGCGAGGAGCAAUGUUCUAAUCAGCAGUUUCAAAGGCGCAACUAUGCAAAAAUUGAAUGGUUCCAUUCUGGUAAGAAGGGCUAUGGAUUGCAGUUGCUAGAAGAAGUAUCUGAAGGGCGGUUCCUUAUUGAAUAUGUUGGCGAGGUCCUUGAUAUAACGACUUAUGAAUCCCGUCAAAGAGAUUAUGCUUCCAAGGGCAAGAAGCAUUUCUACUUUAUGGCACUAGAUGGUGGUGAGGUAAUAGAUGCCUGCACCAAGGGAAACUUGGGUCGGUUCAUCAAUCAUAGCUGCAGUCCUAAUUGCCGCACAGAGAAGUGGAUGGUCAAUGGAGAGGUUUGCAUUGGAAUUUUUGCUAUGAGGAACAUCAAAAAGGGUGAAGAAUUAACGUUUGAUUACAACUAUGUCCGUGUAUCUGGUGCUGCUCCUCAAAAAUGCUUUUGUGGCACUGCCAAAUGCCGGGGUUACAUUGGUGGAGACAUAUCAGGGUCUGGUAUCAUCACCCAACAUGAUGCAGAAGCAGAGUAUUUUGAACCCAUGGUCACUUGCAAGGAUGCAGAGGAAAUGCUAGGAAAUGCAUGUUCUCAUGGUGCAAAUCCAAGUGUUGUUGAGCUUGAGCAUGAAACCUCCAUCCAACAAGAAGAUUCAAAUAACUGCCCACCUGUAACCCCAGACUCUGAACCUCACCAAACUUCCCCUAUCUUGUUUGACGAUAGUGAGCUAGAAAAUUCCUGGGAAAUGUGGAGCCCACAGGAUGCUGAAGACCCCACCCGUACACCUGUCCAUGUGCCCCGAACAAUAGAUAGUACUUUGCAGCAGUUACCAGUAUAUGACCCUCAGCCUUCAGAGUUCUUGCCGAAGGCUCCUAACACAAUGGAUGGACCAAAGGCUCCAAAUGUGAUGAACCAGUCAGCACCUAGCUCCGAUUUGGGCCACAACCUGGUGGUACCUGAUUUCCAUGCUAAGAAAAACAAUCUAAAAGAUCACAGAGAUGUAAAAUCAUCAUUGUGUUCUAUUGACAAUGAAAAUACUCCGAGAGUUGAAGCAAGACUGAACAACCUACUGGAUCGAGAUGGAGGUAUUACCAGACGAAAAGAUUCAGCAAAUGAAUAUUUGAAGCUUCUUGCAUUUGUGAUCCCAGCGGCACAUGACAAUACUACAGAGGAACGGGAAAAUGCUGCAACCCCAGCAGAACGUGACAAGGCUGGGGGUACAUCUAAAAGUGCAAGGGAUCUUUCGUUAAUUCUUGAUGCACUUCUAAAAACAAAAUCACGCUCUGUCCUGUUGGAUAUCAUCAACAUGAAUGGAUUCCAAAUGCUUCAUAAUAUAUUGAAGCAGAAUCGAGACACCUUUCUUCGAAGACCUAUAAUACGGAAGCUUCUGAAGGUAUUGGAGUUUCUAGCUUUGAAGGGAAUCCUGAGAGCUGAAAAAAUAAAUGAAAAAGCCCCACGUGAGAAAAUGGAAAGAUUCAGGGACUCGAUGCUGAAAUUGACCUGGCAUAGUGAUAAACAGGUUCAAACAAUGGCUCGGCAAUUCUGUGAGAAUUGGAUCCAUCCUUAUAUGGAUGGACCUGUUUCAACUUCAAAAUGGCAUACAGAUUCAUAUUCCACUAGAAGAAGAAAGCGCAAGAGCCGUUGGGAUUAUCAACCAGAAUACCACUAUAAAAUGGUUGGAUUACAAGUUCGGAAAGUCUAUGGAGAAUUUGGUCUUCAGGCUGGCUUGAUCAGAAAUAAGUCGCAGCCUGUGAUUGGAAGCAACUCAACAGGUGCAGAAGAUGAUGUGCCUCCUGGGUUUGAGCCUCAGCAGGGUCGUUCCGUAGCUCCAGGAUUCUGCCACCCUAACUUGAGUAUUUCAUAUGGGAUUCCUGUUGCUCUUGUUCAGCACUUGGGAACCCCAGAAGUUGAAGGAGGUGGCAACCGUGGCCAGAAAUGGAAAGUCGCACCUGGUGUGCCUUUUAGUUCUUUUCCACAGUUGCAACGGGGGAGUGUUUGUCCUUCUACUUCAACUCAGAUGUCCUGUAAUGACGCCAUGAGACAGAACAACAAUUCAGGAUAUCGAGGAAGAGGUUUCGAUAGAGGUGGAAGGGUGCAAAGGAAUGGGCGGAAUGGGGCAAGAACGAGAUAUCCAUAUGAUCAAGGAAGAAGAUUCCCAAGCAAUCAUCAUAGAUCUGAAAGAUGGCAGCCCUGGCCCCAGGAGCAGGAUGGUGGUUCAGGAUCUAGGGGCAGACAAUGAAUGACCUGGUCGCCCUGGCUUUGAACCCCAAUUAGUUGUGUAUACAUGGUAAUUCCUUCCUGUUCAUCAGAAGUGUACACAAGCAAACUGUGUUAGCUUCUCAUUCAAUGUAACAGAAGUUUUCUACUGAUUUCUUUCAACAGUAGCAGAAGAUAUGCUACAGAUAGGUAAUUGCCAUUGCAGUUCUGUUACUAACUAUUAAUUCACUCCCAAUGUGUAAUCUCAAUAGGAAUAAUAAUUGAUUCGAUUCAAUUCUUGUUCCAGGCCAAAAUUGAAAAUUUAUUCGUUGUCAACUUCUUGAUUCAGUGUGAUUUUCACUUUGGUGGGCGGCAAUCGGUCGGAGGAAGAAGAAGACUAGUAUGAUUUUCAUUCUACUUUUUUUUUUCACUGGUUGUUCUGCCUCCAAUUGUCUUUCUACUGUACUGGCUGGCUGUUUACCUGGAUGAUUAUCGGUUGUAAGAUGCCCUUUGGGUGUCUUUCUUAAAGAAAAAAGCUUUGUGAUGUCCAA